GGCUUUGUGUGUGUGUUGUGUUUUUAUGGGGGCGCAAUCGCUGAACCAUUGUUGGUUAUUUUUCAGUUGCUCUCUUCUCUGACUGUCUACUUUGCAUCCCCUUACCCACUUCCCACCUGCUCUCCUUUCGUCGUUGAACGUCAUUUAGCUGGCCUGUUGUUUUAGGAUAUUCUUGGGUCCAGUAGGUUCAGGGCAUGUUUCUUUCUCCGUUAGGAACAUAGAGAUUUCACACUUGUUAUAGAAGAUCGAUUCCUUUCUAGUCCUCCCACACAUCUUGCCGUUCGCGCUCGACGAGGAAGUGCAUAUGGGCGACAGCGCGCAGCUCAACUGUCAUGUGUCCAAGGGGGACCGUCCCCUCCGAGUGUCCUGGACCUUCCAGGGUCGGGAGCUACGACCGGAGGACGGCGUGGAGGUGCUGGCCGUCAACGAGAAGACCAGCAUCCUGACCAUCACCUCGGCCUCGGCCGCUCACAGCGGCAACUACACGUGCCGUGCCCAAAAUCCGGCCGGGGUGACGGAGCACUCGGCGCCUGUCCACGUCAACGGUGCGACCUGCGAGGCUUGCAGGGCCUCGAUCUGGGCAUGCAGUGUGUCGUCUUUAGGACUUUUUCUCUGCUUUUCUCUCACACAAAACUCCUGACUGUUCUACCUCACCCCUUCCACCGACCCCCACUAUCCCCUCAUGUCCGUGCGUCCAACAAACCAGAACAACAAUGUUUCCCCCACGCGCUGCUUGUCGCAGUGGUCGCUCGGGUCUUCAGUAAGAUUGUAUUCGAUCGCCAUUAGCUCAUUUUCGUUUCCUUGACCCUGUCUCUUCUGAAUACCCUUCCAGUGCUCCCCCACAUCCUGCCCUUCGCGCUCGACGAGGAGGUGCACAUGGGCGACAGCGCGCAGCUCACCUGCCACAUCUCGAAGGGCGAUCGUCCUCUGCGCGUAUCUUGGACUUUCCAGGGCAGGCAGGUCGGCCCGGAGGACGGCGUGGAGGUGCUGGCCGUCAACGAGAAGACCAGCAUCCUGACCAUCACCUCGGCCUCGGCCGCGCACAGCGGCAACUACACGUGCCGCGCGCAAAACGCGGCCGGGGUGACGGAGCACUCGGCGCCUGUCCACGUCAACGGUGCGAGGACCAGACUGCCCUUCCUUAGGCCGGUCCGGUGCAUGCUGUAGCACUUGGUGUGCAGCUCUGCUUCUUUUAAGUCUUUGCCCAUCUCCCCACCCUCACCCCUCUCUCACCCCGUGCACAAGCGUGUCCAACUUGACGAGUGUCCUCGUCCAUCCAGCUGUCGUCGACCCCGCAUUUGGCACACACGGUUCGAAUCCCGGGGGUUCCAUCAUCAUUUUCU